AUGAAGGAAGCGGCAGCCGAAAGUUGUGACAUGCGCUCAUACACUAGGCCCGUUCGCAUUCGUUCUCGUGAGCACAAUGGUCGUUCGACCUAUUCCAUAACCAAACGAGAUCUCGUGUCAGGCAAAGAUUUUGUGGAAGAAGAACACAAAUUACAUUCCGCGAAUAUAUGCUAUCAGGCUAUGACAGAUACAAGCCGUUUACCGCUUCAUAAACAAAGGCGAUGUUUCAUGGUUGGUUGCCAGUACCUCAAUCUUGAUAUCUAUACAGGCGAACCACUACCUCUCCCAGAUUUCCUCACCAUUGAGAAGGAAGUUACUGGCCAGCCUGCAUACAGUAUGUAUUCUAUGUCUAAGAAACCAGAUGCGGUUUGCGAAGUAGAAGAAUUUCUUGGAGCCGCUGAAUUUAAGGACGAUUGAAUAAUCGUAUAAAAUGUCCAAGGAUGGAUGUAGAGUCGAAGAUUUUGAGUUAUUUCGAAAAUUGCUGAGCUGCCAUGAUCGAUAUGGUUAUAAGGUACGUAGAUUACGAACCGGUCGAUCAUUAUUGCUCAUUUAUCGGUAGGAAUCCUGUGACAGAGAACCUAAUCAGUAUAGAGGUAUUCGUUAUGCAGCCAUGAUUAUGAAUCUCCAGUCAUACGUUUAUUUUCAUUUGCUUUUACCGUUUUACUUUCCGUUCUUUGCCAUCAAUAGAAGAGAUUAUACUUCCGCAGCCGCCAUUGCAUUCCAUAUGUAAAUAAGUUUAUUGAGUUAUAGAAAUGUUUGUGGUAGAUGUAAGUACGUUACCCAACACAGCCCGAAGCAUUCCGGGUUUGUUGUUCUUGACAACAGCGUUGUCUUUCUAGCAUUACGUUCUCACUGAUUUUGUAAUAUGUCUUUCAUUUCACAGCUUCCCUAUAUGUGUCUUCAGCUUGCACAAAUGUAGUGCCAUGUAAUGACUAUAUUUCCUCAAGAUUUCUCGAGUGAUAUUAGAUGUUCUUCUUUGAGUUUUUCUUUGUUUAUUUUGUGAUUUUUGAAAUCUACCUUUUCGGUGCGAGCUCUCAGUCAAGCCAAUAUGAGCGAUCCCGUGAUGCUUUAAGUGCCUUAAAAUUGUGCUACCAAACUACUCUCAUCGCUCAACCUUUAUUAUUACACUGUGCUUUAAUGAAUGGCCACAAGUCUUCCGUAAUCUAAAGUCAUCUCUUAUGCAGUAUGUCCAUGUAUGUGCAGAAAAUAUUCAAUUAAUGAAAUUUCAUUAUGAAUAACAACGUUGUACCCCAUAAUCAUAGAAAGACAAGAAUACACGACAUUGAGCUGUACAGGGUGCUUGAGGAAAGAAGAGCAUUU